UCGCGAUUUUUCUGCAUCCCUCAGCAGUGUCAACACUGCUCUCUCGUCUCCUUCUCCUCCUCCUCGUCGUCCUCUUGUCUUGGACGACGAUCUCACUGGGAGUAGAAGGUUAUUAGAGUGCCUCGGAGAAGAUGGCCGACGACAACAACGGUGCCAACAGCAACAGCGGAGGCGCCAACGCGAACACCACCGCUGAGGUUCAGAUACAAAUCCCAGGACCAUCGAAAACCGAAGCUCCAGCAACUCAAGAAGGACCAUCGGGAAGCCCCAAAGCUAAGAAUUGGAAACGGUGGAUUAUGGUGGUAGUGGAUGCAAUUUUCCUCAUUGUUGGUCAGACAUCAGCAACAUUGUUAGGGAGAUACUACUACAGUCAAGGUGGCAACAGCAAGUGGCUAUCAACAUUUGUGCAGACUGCUGGCUUCCCUAUAUUGUUCUUCGGCUUGUUCUUUUUCCCUUCAAAGUCGCCUUCAAGCGAAACUCCGGUCGGCAAAAUUGCCAUGAUAUAUAUUGUCUUGGGGCUUAUCAUAACCGGGGACAACAUGAUGUAUUCCUAUGGGCUGAUGUUUCUUCCAGUCUCAAUAUUUUCAAUCAUCUGUGCUAGUCAGUUGGCCUUUAACGUCUUCUUCUCAUAUGUCUUAACCUCUCAGAAACUAACCGGUUUAAUCAUGAACGCCGUGGUACUGCUUACCUUGGCUGCUUUACUCCUUGGAGCCAAUCAUGAAUCUCAUGGACCUACUGGUGGUAUUAUAGGAGGAAAGUAUAUUGUGGGUUUCCUGUUGACACUAGGAGCAUCAGGCACCUAUGCACUUAUCCUUUCCCUUAUGCAACUUACAUUCGAGAAUGUGAUCAAGAAAAAGACCUUCUCGGCAGUUUUAAACAUGCAGAUAUAUACUGCACUUGUGGCAACUUUUGCUUCUUUUGUUGGUCUAUUUGCAAGUGGAGAAUGGAUGGAUUUAAAAGAGGAGAUGGAUAGGUUCCAAUCAGGAGAGUUCUCCUACCUGAUGACACUAGUGUGGACAGCCGUGUCUUGGCAGGUCGCUUCUAUUGGAGUGGUGGGCUUGGUUUUUGAGGUAUCAUCCUUGUUCUCGAAUGUGAUCAGCACAUUUGCUCUACCUAUUGUCCCUCUUUUUGGUGUGAUGGCCUUUCAUGACAAGAUGAAUGGAGUCAAGAUCAUAGCCAUGCUAAUUUCGAUAUGGGGUUUUCUUUCAUAUCUCUAUCAAAACUAUCUUGAUGAUAAGAAAGCUAGAAGUGCAUAGUGGGAUUCCUAGGCUCUACAAUUUUCUUGUGAUAGAUAGCUCUUUACCGGUUGUCAGGUUUAGUUUGUUUCCUGCGAGAUGAUAGAUGUUCACUACUUAUGUCAAUUUCAGUACAUUUCACCAGGAGGAAACUAUAUAGCUUCUUAGCAUAGUUAUAAAUUUUUUCUUAGUUAUUAUUGGUCUUAUUUUUGUUUGCAUAUGGGGCCUAUGUGUAAGGUUAUGGGACAUGGAAAUAAACAUGAUAUUUAGAUUUAUAGGUGAA